AUGAAUCUUCUCGGUAAUGCCCUGAAGUACACAGAGAAGGGACUGGUUUCAAUUUGUGUCAAGGCCACUCGAUGUUCGGAAGGUCAUUGGCUUCAGGAUCCCGAGGAUAUGGUAACCUUGACCAUAUCGGACACGGGGAAAGGUAUUUCAAGCGACUACUUACGGACUCAUUUGUACACUCCGUUUUCGCAGGAGGAUACGCUAUCAAUGGGCACCGGCCUCGGUCUGUCCAUUGUUCGCGGCAUUGUGGAUACACUCAAUGGAAGUAUCAAUAUCCAAAGCCGCGUGGGCGAAGGCACUGUUGUCAAAGUAUCGCUUCCUCUUGAGCGCCCAUUCGAGAAAGAUCCAUCGUCAAGCGAAGUUUAUUGCGAAGGAAAGUCGCCUAUGCCGUCCUCUCAACUUCCUUAUAUGGAAUUGGCGAAUAAAUGCGCUGCAUUUUGGGGAAUGGAUUCCUCGUCCCCUAUCGAGAAUUAG